GAGCUGCGCCGCGCUCCCGCGGCCCCUCACUCCCCUCGACAUGGCGCUGAGGCGGCGGCCGCGACUCCGACUCUGCGCCCGGCUGCACUAUUUCAUCCUGCUGCUGCUGUUCAGGAGCUGCUUGAUAGGGGCUGUGAAUCUCAAAUCCAGCAACCGAACCCCAGUGGUACAGGAAUUUGAAAGUGUGGAAUUGUCCUGUAUCAUUACGGAUUCACAGACAAAUGACCCAAGGAUUGAGUGGAAGAAGAUUCAAGAUGACCAAACCACUUACGUGUUUUUUGACAACAAGAUUCAGGGAGACUUGGCAGGUCGUGCAGAAAUAUUGGGGAAAACCUCUCUGAAGAUCUGGAAUGUGACCCGAAAAGACUCAGCCCUUUAUCGCUGUGAGGUGGUUGCUCGAAAUGACCGCAAAGAAAUUGAUGAGAUAGUCAUUGAAUUAACUGUGCAAGUGAAGCCAGUGCCUCCCCUGUGCAGAGUGCCGAAGGCUGUUCCCGUAGGCAAGGCGGCGACGCUGCACUGCCAAGAGGGUGAAGGCCGCCCCCGGCCACACUACAGCUGGUACCGCAACAACAUACCACUGCCAACAGAUUCCAGAGCCAAUCCCAGAUUUCGGAAUUCCUCAUUCCUCUUAAACUCUCAAACAGGCACUCUGGUCUUCAGUGCUGUUCACAAGGAUGACUCCGGGCAGUACUACUGUAUCGCCUCCAACGACGCUGGCUCCGCCAGGUGUGAAGAGCAGCAGAUGGAAGUCUAUGACCUGAACAUUGGUGGGAUUAUUGGGGGAGUCCUGGUUGUCGUUGUCGUCCUGGCACUGAUAACAGUGGGCAUCUGCUGUGCCUACCGGCGUGGUUACUUCAUCAACAACAAACAGAAUGGGGAAAGUUACAAGAACCCAGGGAAGCCAGAUGGAGUUAACUACAUCAGGACAGAUGAGGAGGGUGACUUCAGACACAAGUCCUCAUUUGUGAUCUGAUACUGGAUGGUGUGACCAAGAGAGCACAUGCAAAUACCUCUACAGAAACUGCCACAAGAGCAGCGGGAGCAAAGUGCACUUGGACGGAGCUAGACACUCAUGCAAAAGCUUUUUGUUUUGGCCAAAGUUGACUGCUACUCCUUUCUUACUUUUUAACAAGCCACAUAAAUAAAAAUUUUCCUCAAGAUGGACAUGGUCUUCACGACACGAAACGGAAUGAGUUCCUAGGUUCUCUCUGGCCCGACUUGCCGCCGGUGUUGGGGAUUGUGCAGCUCCUGCUCAGCUGUGGGGCUGGGUAGUGCGAGGCCAGGGCUCUUGGCACUCGCCGGCAGCAGCCGCACGAGCCCCUGUGGGGAGUCGGGGUAGCUGUGCAGGGCUGGGAAACGCGUCACAGCGUGGAACCCUGCAGGUCCAGUCUGUUGAACCACCAAGUGAUCCGGAAAAGGCUUGUUGUGCCGUGGCCUUGUGUGGUGGCCCAGAGAGCACUGUGUCCUUUUCUCCUGAAAAACUCUGUAGGGUCCAUCUUGGAAAAUAUUUUUGGAUCAGUAUUUUAUAAAAGCAACCAAAAUCAGUAAGGUAAAUUGCUUGUUUGAAGAAGGGAUCUUCUUACCUGUAGGAAUCCUUCUUGUCUAGUGGAAGGUUCCACUAUUUAAAGCUAACUCUGAAAUGGUACUGAAAUAAUGUUCUGAUUUUUCUAUGGGUGUUUAUUUUAUAAAAUUUUACAUUCUAAAUUUUUGCUAAAGAUGUAUUUUGAUUAUUGAAAAGGAAUUUCUAUUUAAACUGUAAAUAUGUUGUCAUACAAUGUUAAAUAACCUAUUUUUUUUAAAGUUCAGCUUACAGUACGAGUCCAAGUUAUUUGUGCUAAUUGGAAAAUACCAAUAAUUAACCCAAGGAAUUGUCUCAAGAAGGCUUAUUGGAACAUUCCUUUUUCCCCACAUGAGAACUUAUGUUAUCUGUACAUCAACCAUUAUUCCUGAGGAAACUUUAAAAAUACUCUACUUGAGUCAUGUUGAAGUAUGUGCCAUCUCUCCAAAAGAAACAGAAGCUCUUAGGU